AUGCUGCGCUGGGCGCUCGCCGCCGCCCUCGCGCUCGCGGCGCCGCCGCACCUCCUCGAAGGCGACGCGCUGCCUCCGGAGGUCUGCGCGCGCAUCAUCGACGCCGCGGAGCGCCAGGGCUUCAGCUACGCGCCGGACACCAUCGACCGCGACGAUUCGCUCCGGCCGCCGAGCGUCCAGCUCGAGGUCUUCGAGCAGGACGAGGUCCGCGCGCCGGAGGUCAUGGCGCUCGUCGCGCCUUACCUGCCGCGGCUGCGGGGGCUCGUCGACCGCGCGAAGCGCGCCAAGGGCGUCGACACGCCGACGCGCUUCGACUGGAUCUUCCUGCGCAAGUACGCCGCGGGCCGCGCGCGCGACCGACUGCGCGCGCACAAGGACGGCAACCUCCACUCGCUGAACGUCUUCCUCAACGGCCGCGCGGAGGACGGUGGGAGCGGCGGCGCCCAGUUCGCCGGCGGCGGCCUCUUCCUCGCCGACGGGCCGGAGGUCGACGGCGUCGAGGUCUGGACGGACGAGUUCCUGGACGCCGCCGCCGGCGUCCUCGUCGUCCCCCAGCGGACGGGCGCGGCCGUCGUCCACGACAACACGGUCUGGCACGGCAUCGCGCCGCUGGCGAGCGGCUCCAAGUACUCGCUGCUGCUCUUCGCCGACAUGACCGACGAGCAGAUCGACGGCGACCGCGCGACGACGGCGGCGUUCGCGAACGACGGCGCGGCGCCGCUCGCGCUGUCCUGGUGCGGCACCGCGGCGGAGGAAGGCGACUGCGUCGCGGUCGCGACGGUCGCGCCGGGCGCGACGGAGUUCCAGGAGACGUACGCGGACCACGUCUUCGUCGCGACGGACGCCGCGGGGCGCGCCGUCGCGCGCUGGGUCGUCGACGGGGGCGACUUCCGGGAGCGCUUCGUCUACGGCGAGUUAUGA